AUGGGAAAGCCACGGCUCAUCAUUCUAAUCCGCCAUGCCCAGAGCGAGGGCAACAAGAACCGCGACAUCCACCAGACCGUCCCCGACCAUCGCGUCAAGCUGACCCAGGAAGGAUGGCAGCAAGCAUACGACGCAGGGCGACGCCUGCGCAAGAUGCUGCGCCCCGACGACACCCUGCACUUCUUCACCUCUCCCUACCGCCGCACGCGCGAGACCACCGAGGGUAUUCUGGCCACUCUCUGCGCCGAUGAUCCGGAGAUGGGACCCAGCCCGUUCAAGCGCGAGAAGAUCAAGGUCUACGAGGAGCCGCGCCUGCGCGAACAGGAUUUUGGCAACUUCCAGCCUUGCAGCGCUGAGAUGGAGCGUAUGUGGCAGGAGCGCGCCGACUACGGCCACUUUUUCUACCGCAUACCGAACGGCGAGAGCGCUGCUGAUGCCUACGACCGCAUCAGCGGCUUUAACGAGUCCCUGUGGCGCCAGUUCGGCGAGGACGACUUUGCCAGCGUCUGCGUCCUGGUUACACACGGCCUCAUGUCGCGCAUCUUCCUCAUGAAGUGGUACCACUUUAGCGUCGAGUACUUCGAGGAUUUGCGGAACGUCAACCACUGCGAAUUCCUCAUCAUGCGCCGCAACGAGCAGGGCAAGUAUAUCCUCGAGAACAAACUACGAACCUGGUCUGAGCUGCGUCGACAACGCGCACUCCAGCUGGCUAAGGAGAGGGGGCAAGACCCCGACACGCUGAAGGACCUCUCUCUGCUCGACCGUGUUUCACAAGAACCCCGUCGACGUUGGGGAGGUUGCCCGAAUGGGUGUAAUCACGACAAGAAUUUCCGUAUCCGCUCAACCUAUGCCGACCUAGUCAAGAGUGACAGCAUGGCCUCCAACCAGGCUAACAGUUCGACCAGUAGUAAUAAUGCUAAUAAUAACUCUGGUAAUAACACCAGUGGCACGGCUACACCGGUCCCCAACGGGACAAACGGCGUCAAUCAAGCAAACAGCUCGGCCAACGUCCACAACCCGUCUUUCAACGGCACUGCGCAGAGUCAGACGAUUGUGGCACGCCGUCCAGCUGCCAAACGCUUCCAGUCACAACCAGGGCGAGAGAACGGAGAGAGCGCCGGGCCAGUCAUCAUAACCGGUCCGCAGAUCGACAUCUCCAAGGCCCGCGAGGACAUCGUUUCCAGCCCUGAUGGUACUCCAUCGUUCAUUUCGGUUGAAGACCGCUUGCGUUCGCGUCUCGUGAGCCCCAGCAUCCCGCCCCCUCCGCAGGUCAAGAUACACUACGGACGCGACUUCGGCGGCAGUUACAGUGGCCACAAUAGUGCUGUGAGCGACGAUGGCGCCGAGUCGUCCUACUCCGGGGCCGAAGAUGAGAACGGCCGUCAGCGCACAGCCUUUACCACGCCUGUUGCCAGCACAACUUCCCUUACUACAACUGCAACCGUCGUCGCGAGCACACCAUCAGGCACCAAUUCUGCCAACGGGACCAAGAGAGACGCUGCCACACAGACAGACCUAAGCUUAUUAGCGUCUCUGCUGACCAGCUUAGCGACAAACUCGACGUCAACGCUCCAUGUCGUUCCCCGGGUCGAAAAGCGUGACCAGUCCCGUGCUCGCGCCUGCAAGCUUGGUGAUCACCCCCAUAGUGAAGAUGAGCACAGCCAGCUGGAGGAGGAACACGAGCAUCACCCUGACUGCCCGCAUCAUCCUGAUAACAAGCAACAGCAGGAGGAGGUCCAACAACAACAACAACAACAACAACAACAACAACAACAACAACAACAAAGUGGACAGGAUCAUCAAUCAGACGAGCAUGACCGCGAGUCCCGGGACGGCUUCGAGGCGGAUGAUGAGCGCGAGGCGAAGAUCACGAAGCGACCAAAGGAUAAGAGCGUUGGGUCAAUAAAGGCUGGGAAAGGGAAGGCGGCGACGGGAGAUACGGGAGGAGGGGAUUUAAUUGUGAACGAGCCUGCUGCGGAGAUGUCUGACCAGGCAGAUGAUGCUCUGUAUGGGGAGGAGGAUGUGAAGGAAGAUGGGGUGCAAGGAAGUGUGUUUUAG